AUGUUUCUGCAAAUUUGCUUGGUGCCUGCAUGUGCUUCUGUUGCACUGAAAAGCUUGAAAAUUACUUCUAAUAGGAAGUUCUGGUUCGGGUGUCUCGUUCUUUCUCGGAUCGUAGUGGCAGUUGGAUUUCCAGCGCUGGUGAUGGGAAUGCUGGAGAUUCCCAAAUCAAAAGGUUCAUGCCACCAGGUUCUGCAUCACCAUUUGCUACUUGUUGGAGGAAUAUUGUGCUUUGUUCAUGCAAUUUUAACUGUUGGAUUCUACGUUUCUGCAAAUGUAAGCUUCGAAAAGGAUGUCGCCGUAGGGUAG